GCCAAUCUAUUUCCAUUAUUCUGUACUAGUAUAAGCCACCGUCUCAGCCAUAGCCACAAUUCUUACCGACCUAUAUUCUUGAAUUGGGAAUCCAGAGCCUUCUGAUUUUUUCUCCUUCUCAGCCGUCUCAGCACACAACUUUUUCUCUUUUUGGAAGGACAAUCUUCUAGCUCUCUAAUUUGGUGUUAUCUACCUUCACAAACGAGGAACUGGCGAUUGUGUGUGCAUGAAGUCUGGGAGAAACAUGUCAUAAUGCUGGCAACAAAUAAUUCUGGUGGUUUCUAAGACGUGGUAAAGUAGCAGUUGAUAAAAAUAGAUCAACUAUAUCAAUUAUCAGCCCACCCCAGUACGUAGGCGGUUAAUUACCACUUCCAACCAUUCAAUGUUUCGCUGCAAUGCUUCUGUAGAUCACGGCUUCCUUUCCUCUUUAGAAAUCAUGCAAUCGAGGCUUCAGGUCGAGUUUGGUUCAAUAGUAUCCAUGAUGUUGAGAGAUAGAGAUGGUGAAGGGAUAAAAUCCUCAUCUAACGAUGAGAAGAAUGUUGAGUGCGGUGAUGAAACAAACCUUAGCUUGGGAAGUGUUGACGGAAGUACAAGGCCGGUGGAGACGAGCGUGGAGACAAAGAGAGAAGAAGAUUACAAAGCCAACAAUUCUUGUUGUACCUUCUUAUACACAUCAGUACACC